GAGUUGAAUAGACUGGUAUGACAGGAUACAAUCAUCCAUCCGCUGUCAAACUAAAAAUAGUAAUGAUGUCAUGCACUAUUGUUUUUUGUGUUCUAGAUGUAGUUUUUGACCACAUGGUCAGUAGAGUCGUUCUAGAAUUAAGGUCACGGAGAUAAGAGGUUGACUCUUAGUGGCUAGAUGGUACUCAAAGAAAAUUUAAGCGAUCAUAGCAACCUACUUCAAUGGCUACAACUUGUACUCAUUUCCUAGGUUCACAACCAAGAUACAACGAAACAAAAUAGUAAGAAUUUUUGUAGCGAGUAUAUCCGACCACGGCAAAUCCUUCAUAAAUCUGAAACUUUUUUUUUGUUGCUUAGUUGGUUUCUAAAAUGAAUUAACCGUAUUAAGAUCUAAUUGGAUAUUGACCAAUGUGUACUAGACAUUGCUAAGUUUGCUAUCGUGGCCAUCGUAUAGUAGAGAGACAACAUAACAAAAAAAAAAACCUUCGCCCCUGCGGCGUUAACAUCAUUUCGGAUCCGAAUUGAAAUAAGUCAAGCAAUUAAUCCGUGUCGGUAAAAUGUAUCCGAUUUUAAUUACUAAAUUGAGAAUUAUUACAAAAAAAAAGAGUAAUUAGUAAUCACCAGGAUGAAUUUUACUCUGUAUAUAAAUAAAAAUGUAACCUCCGCUUUUAAAAACAUGCAAACCACACUUCGCCAUUAACAAACAGGCACAGUUAAAUUUGCUCAUUCAAUUGCAUCAUUUUCCGUUGAAAUCUCACAGAACAAGUGCGCGCGCCACAUUAAGACGACCAGGCAUUGUUGUUCUUAAACUGUACAUCAAUUCCCGGGCUUAACAUAAUACAAACGGGCAGGAGAAAAAAAAAAAAGAAAUUUCACAGACUUUUUUAUUUUAUAUAUUAGCAGCAUCCUUGGACUGUAAUAGUUUUGCAUAUUCUGGACAUUCAGUCUAUAAGUGGGACACACUUUAAUUUAAAGAAAUAUUAUAGGAAGACACUAUUCACAAAAUGUCCUUUGAUUAUUUGGGCCAACGUGCUCUUGAUUCUAUCAAAAAUACCCUUCGUUUCCAGAACGAGGCUAUAACCAAUUUGUACCAAGAAUACGACCAGGACUCAUUUGCUUCAAAAAACUUUCUCAAGUCAAUCGAGACUAUGUUCAACUGUAUAACUAAAUCCCAGGGUAAGAUUGUGGUAUGUGGUAUUGGAAAAUCUUACAAAAUUGCCAACAAAUUAGUGGCCACGUUGAACAGUUUGUCGAUUCAAUCUUCUCUUUUACACCCUUCCGAAGCGUUGCACGGUGAUUUAGGGAUGAUUAACGAAAAUAAAGACUGUAUGAUUAUGAUCACUGCCAGUGGGAAUACACCGGAGUUGAUCAACUUGUUACCUCACAUAUCCAAUACUGUUCCCAUCAUAUUAUUAACAUGUAACGAACAGUCUAUAUUGGCCAACCACAACCAGGUGUCUAGUUUGUUACUUGUUCAUUUACCACAACAUUUAAAUGAAGACUCUAUUCACGGAUUACCUGCGCCAACCGUGUCCACCAGUUUAUCUUUAAUACUUGCCGAUUCAACAAUCCUAGCUUUAUCGGAGUUGAUCGAAGACGAUUUAAUUAAGCGAAGAAAGCUUUUUUCCAAGAAGCAUCCUGGGGGUAACAUUGGUUCCAAAUUGAACCAAGAGUUUGGCACGGAAAAAUCAUCCACCAUUUCAUUAUUAAGUCUUGGUUUGUCACAAACUUCAUCUGUUAGCUCCGAUGACGAAUCAAACAUCUUCAUGACUGCUGAAACAAAACCAGCUGUGAAGAUACUAACACAUGAUGAGGUUAUGAACAUACAGGAAUUAACGUUGUUGCAAUAUAUCACCAUAUACAAGUAUUUAACCAUCGACCAGACUGAAUUGACUAUGGAUUGUAACAAGAUUAAACAAUUGUAUAGUGCGUAUUACGAGACAGGACAAGAUUGGAAUAAAUUCAAAUGGGAAUUGAUGAGAGGAUUUUCUUGAUUUUCGUAUAGUUUUUUUUGGGUUUUUAUAAAGGGGUUUUAAUAUAAGGAUGAUUUGUUAGUAUC